AUGGCCACCCGACGAUCCGGAAAGUCCUACGCAGAUGCUGCCGCCCCCGGCUCUGCGCCGGGCGAGCAACCCUCGGAGUUUGACUCUGAUACUUCGCCUGCUGUUCCGAUGCACGUUAUCUGGAAACUCGUCGGGUUUACUAUCGCCAUGAUCACGACGCCCGUGGGGAUGUAUUUUGUUUCAGUUAAUUUUGGAGCGAGCACGACUGUUUCUGGGAUUAUCGCGGCCGUCAUGGCCAAUGUUAUCUUGUUUCUGUAUAUCUAUGUUGCAUGGCAGGAGGAUAAAGAGGAACGAGAAGCCGAGGCAGCAAAAAAGAAAGGGAAGAAGGCU